AGCCGGCCCUGUUUAGACAUCUAAAUUUCUCUAUUUUAUUUGGAGAUCUUCCGGUUUGGUUAUUGGCAGAUUUGGGAAAGACUCAGUGGUUCCCGGCUGCCUACUUUGAACGCCGGGAAAUCAGUGAAUAUGGCGGGGCCUAAGAUCGUUAUCGUAUUUGAUUUUGAUAGGACCCUGAUUGACGAUGACAGCGAUAGAUGGGUGGUGGAGACUAUGGAUCUGACCCAUUUGUUCAACCAGCUCCGACCAACUUUGCCUUGGAAUGCUCUCAUGGGUAGGAUGAUGGAGGAGCUACAUUCACAGGGUAAAACUGUUGAGCAGAUAGCUGAAUGUUUGAAGCACGUUCCGUUGCAUCCUCGGACAAUUUCAGCCAUAGAAUCGGCUCAUGAUCUUGGAUGUGACUUAAAAGUAGUUAGUGAUGCCAAUCAGUUUUACAUCGAGACUAUAUUGAAACAUCACGGAUUAUACAGAUGUUUCUCAGAGGUCAUUACUAAUCCAACAUCAGUAGAUGGAGAAGGUAGACUGAGGAUCUUUCCUUACCAUGAUAUGGCGUCUUUUCAUGGUUGUAAUCUUUGCCCUCCUAACUUGUGCAAGGGUCUUGUUCUUGAGCAGAUCCAAGCUUCCAUGUCUGAGAAAAGAAAAUCAAGAUUUAUAUAUCUUGGAGAUGGGAGAGGUGAUUACUGCCCAACCUUGAAGCUUGAUAAAGGAGACCAUGUGAUGCCAAGGAAGGGCUUUCCAUUGUGGGAUCGCCUGCUAAGUAAUCCAAAUAUUUUGAAAGCAGACUGUCAUGAAUGGAGCAAUGGGGAAGAACUAGAAAGCAUCCUACUUCAGCUUAUUGAAAAAAUAUACAAGGAAUAGAACAUUAAUAUUCUUGAUAACAGUGUAUUGAAAUUGUCAGUGUAUAUCUCCCUCCACCAAUUUCCAGAUGACUAUAUCAUUGAGGCCAGCUGGUAGGUUUGUGCACUAAAUUGGCAUCCA